UAGAACGUGUAUAAUGUUGAUCUAUGGUACUGGCGUAUUAUCAAUUUUUUAUGAAAUUUUAUAAAGAAUAUUGCACAAAUUGUUGCGACUUCAGAAUAACGACAUAUAGGGAAAAUUAAUUUGCAAACUGAUGACAUUUUCGCUUAAGUAAAGCAUAGUACAAAAAUGUUUUUUGAACUUUAUGACCUUAACAUAGCUAAUAUUUUAUAUUUUUGUCGAGAUUAACAAAAGAUCAAUAAGGUUUUUUGUUUAAAACAUCAGAAUUGUUUUUGCUGAUUUAAAGGAAGUCAUUAAAAAUGUGGAAAAAUAGUAAUGUUCAAUUUAAAUGUCAUCACUAGUAUAUUACAUGUGCUCCUUGAUUGUCCUUGAUUGUAUAGAAAAAGUAAAAAUGGUAGUCGGGACAUUAUUUAACAAGAUGCGUGAAAGAAGAAGAUCUUCACGACGCAGCUCAAGAGGUUCCAGUAAUGGAUCGAUUGGAAUGGGUAUUGAAUGUUGUGGUAAAAUAAAAAUAUUAAUGCUUGGAGAUCACAACGUUGGCAAGUCUUCAAUAUGUUUCAGAUAUGUCGCAGAUAGCAUGCUUGGAACAAACAAAAUCAAAAAUGAAAACGAGGAAUUUGAAAGUAGCGUGUUUUUAGCGCCGCAGAAUAAGAAAGAAAAAGUAAGACAGUACGAACUAAAUCUGUCCAUUGCUGAUACGUUGUUCCGAAGACGGUCUGUAGAAAGAUAUAAACAAAAGAUUGUGGAAACUGACGCAUUUGUAUUGGUAUACUCAAAGGACAGCAGACAAAGCUAUAUAAAAUUGAUCGAUUUAAUAUCUGAUAUUCAUAAAAUAAAAAAGGUGAAAAUUCCCAUCAUCAUUUUAGGGAAUAAGAACGAUUUAAAACAAGCCAUAACGCACGUGCAAGAAAAGGGAGUGUUAGGCGAUUACCCACACUUUGAUGUUUCUGCACAAGAGAAUGAUGGUAUACAAGAAGCUUUUAAAUUUCUUGUCAGACUUUCAGUUGAACAUGUGGUUGAAGAAUAAUGUUCAAAAACGAUGUUUAAAGAAAAUAAUUGUAAAUCGAUAAGUUUUUAUCAUAAUAUUUUCACAAGUAGCUACUCAAGUGUUGAAAAAAUAUUAACGCUGCGUGAACCAAAACAUUAUAUGUUUAAACGAGACAUAUUAAACUACAAAGGAUGUGAGAGUUUACGUACAAACAAUUUAAAAUAUAGUAUUCCGAAAAAUUAUUUAUAGCUAUACUUAUUAUUAAGAUUAUUUAUAUAUGAUAAAACCCAGAUUAACCUUGUAAAAAUGAACAUACAGAUUGUUGACUCAAUACAA